AUGAGGACGCUCACUCUGCUCACCACCUUUCUCCUGCUGGCCUUCCACACCCAGGCAGAAUCUCCCCAAGGAAGCGGAAGCACUGAGGAGGCUCUAGAUCAGGAGCAGCUGGUCAUGGAGGACCAGGAUAUUUCCAUAUCCUUGGGAGGGGAUAAAGGCACUGCUCUCCAAGAUGCAGAUAUGAAGGCAGGCUUGACCUGCUCUUGCAGAAUCGGAGCCUGUGUUUCUGGAGAACAGCUCUCUUGGGUGUGUUGA